AUGCUCGAGCAACAGCAACGUAGGCUGGUGCGUGGUCUGCUAGAAUUAUACCACCGCACGGCGGAGGGCAGAGGCUGGCUCGGUGAUCCCUUGGAGCUUCAGGCCAAUGGGCAUCCGCUGACCCAUGCUCUGCUUGCCCGUCUUGGUGUUUUAAACGACAUCGACGAUAGCUGUAUUGAGCAAAGCCCCGGACUCACGCCGCUGGAGAGGUGUGGUGAUGACAUCCAAUGCCAAAUUUUGACCACCGAGGGUACAGAGGACUCCACGGUGCAGGGUGACCAGUCGCCUCUCAGUUCCUGGUGUCUGCAAGCCACUUCGCCUUUUUUACCUACAGACACCCAACAAUCAUCUAAGCGGGAAUCCAUGCCGCCUGCUAUCUAUUCUUCCACCUCGAUAGAGGAGUCAGACUACUUCCUAAUUCAAGAUGGAGCCGCGCAAUGGCCGCUCAUCACACCUGCUGAUAUCUACAAUUCAAAUAAUCUGACAGCUGAUGUCGGUUGUUCAGGUCUUGACUUUUACGAAAGCCUCUCACAACCAAUAUUCGACAAAAUGAUGCCGGAGUAUAACGUGUUGCUCGAUAAUCUGAGCUUUGGUCAAAACCUAAGUGCAAGACCAAUGGGACCUACUUUUACUUGA